GCGUAUCGGUCAUCUUGAAGGCUGACCACAAUCAAGUCCACCUAUCGUAAAAACCCAGAAAAUGGGAAGAGAAGAAACCCGAUGAUGCGAGGAAAACCUCCACAUUGAAUUAUCAAGAAGAGUGCAUGCUUAAAGACAGGUCUCGCAAUUUUGAUAAUUGCUCUGAGAAUACGUAUUUCAAGACUUGACCGAUAUAAUUGAUGAACGCACCAAUAAAGUAAUAAAAACCGGCUGUAUUUGGUAUCGAACCGUCAAUAUUUACAUAAUUCAGAUCAUUAGUCCGAUGCUUUGCAAAGAAAAAAAUGUGAUCAAGAGAGUACAAGUGCACCAAAAUUAGUGACAAAAAUGAAAUUUAGAUGCAAAUGACGAAUUCUAAACCAUGAUUCGUGUAAUGUGUCUGAUUAAAAAGUUUAUCAAUUCUAUUGCUCCUUGAGUUAGUUUUUGAAAUUGCGCAUAAUGAACCGACAUUGAACUUUAAUUCAUUUGUUUUGAACUAGGUUCAAGAAUGUAGCUCUCUUCGAGGCUACUCAACAGCCAUCUCAUUUGAUCAGAAACGGCCGUUCAGUACGAAUUUCGUGACGAGCUAAUCUUCAGUGAAGAAGUAUCAUGGCGCGGACACUGAACGUCAUGGCUCCUCAAAUCUUCCAAAAGUCGGUGGUUAGAAGUUUAAGGACGUCAACUAAGUUUUUCAAUUCCUCCGCAUCAAAUAAAUUCAAUUUUGGAAAGUUAUUGCUGAAAAAAACACCAAUACGUACACAGCCUGGUUGCAAUGGAAGCUGCCAGAGAGGCAGUUCGGUAAAUGGGGCCAUUUUGUGCUUGCAAGUGCCGUGCCGACAUUCAUCCACUGCUACUCUUCCUGAAGGGGGUGAAGGCCAACUCCUACCUUCUUCCAGCCCCUACACCCUUGCUUUGCCUGACCUCACCAACCUUUUCAUUGACAUCAAAAAGGCACUGAGUGGUACAAGUGAGGAGCUGGAAGAGAUUUCAUGCUAUUAUGUGGAUGGUCAAGGCAAAGUGAUGCGUCCUGUGAUCACGGUUCUCACGGCUCGUGCAGUCAAUGAACACGUCUGUAAACAUCACAGGCUGCUGAGCAGUCAACUGGAGAUCGCUAAGGUGACGGAGAUGAUACACACAGCGUCGCUGCUGCACGACGACGUCCUGGACAUGGCGGACACCAGGCGUGGCAAGCCCUCGGCCACGCAGCGAUAUGGGCAGCGCAAGUCGGUGAUGGCGGGGAACUAUAUGCUUUCCGUUGCGCUGAUGAUGCUUGGCAAACUCGACAAUCCUGAGGUGACGGUCGUGCUCUCUCAGGUUUUGACAGACCUCGUGCAGGGCGAGUUUAUGCAGUUGGGUUCUAAGGAAAAAGAAGACGAGCGUUUCUCGCACUAUCUGGACAAGAGCUUCAAGAAGACAGCUUCUCUUAUAGCCAACAGCUGUCAAGCGGUUGCUAUCCUGGGUGGCGCGGAUAAAAUGGUGCAGCAAAUGUGCUACCAAUAUGGCCGUAACGUGGGGAUUGCCUUCCAAUUGGUGGACGACUUCUUGGACUUCGCGGCCUCUUCGAACGUCGUCGGCAAACCCACGGCCGUCGACCUCAGACUCGGCAUGGCCACCGCGCCCGUCUUGUUCGCUUGUGAAAAGUUCCCCGAGCUGAUCCCGAUGAUCUUGCGCCGGUUCAGCGAGCCUGGUGACGUGGAGUUUGCCAUGGAAUGCGUGCACCGCAGCGACGGCCUCCAGCAAACCAAACUCCUGGCAACCCAACACUGCCUACACGCCAUUUCCAUGCUGCAGCAACUGGCGCCUUCCCAGGAGAAGCUUGCACUCAUAGCCAUCACUGACAGGGUCAUCAACAGGAUCAAAUAACUUCCGCGAACAUAAUGUCGUUUCAGAAACAUUGAUCUUCGUGCUUACCUGGGCUCAUCAACACUGACUCGAGCACUGACGUGACGCACUGACAUAACUUUACCACCCCUCACGGGAUGACAUAAAUCUCCUUUCUCAAACCAAGGGCUUCGCGGUACUUGGUUUCUUCGCAUCGGGCUAUACUCACAUCGUUUUGGGAUGGAACGGAGAUAUUAGUCGUUAAAUGACCAAGCGUUCGCCCAAGUGUCAUGAUCAUGUUCAUAACCACUCCCCAUUUGAGCUUCACAGGCAAAAGAAGUUUUUAGAGCGCCAUAAAUGUGUUAACUCAGUGGGCUCGGUUGCUGUCAUUUUAACGCACAGCCUAUCUUUAAAGUAUAUUCAGCCUGAGGACAGCUUGAUUAGAUUAUAUCUAUAAUCAUCUCGCUCGUGCAUAUCUAGGUCACCUUGACUUCUAUUGUGCAUUGACUGUUAAUUCAGGCGUUGUCGGCAUGUUUUUUAACAAUUCACAUUAAUGCAAGUUAUUUAUGAAAGUUUCAAAUU